AUUGCUCAAAGUGUUACAACAACAAAAACAUCCAAGCACAACUAGCUAAAAAGAGUACGCUAACGUUGUCUUUGCUGUUUUAGUCUUGUGUUUCAAGUAUGGCUAAGGUGAAGGCUUUUUCCUUUCUUGUUUUUCUUGUUUUUUCAAGUUUUGUUGUAAUGUCUGAAAGUCGAGUGGCAAGGAUGGAUUUGGGAUUGGAUUUGGGUGGUGUAGGAGUUGGUCUUGGUGUUGGGAUUGGCUUAGGGUUAGGUGGUGGAAGUGGUUCAGGUGCCGGUGCAGGUUCAGGUUCAGGAUCAGGAUCAAGUUCAAGUUCAAGCUCGAGCUCAAGUUCUAGUUCAUCUUCGACUGGUGGAGGUGGUGGUGGUUCAGAGGCAGGCUCAUCUGCCGGGUCAUACGCUGGAUCAAGAGCCGGUUCUGGAUCUGGAAACCGAGGUGGAUCAGGUGGUCGUGGUUACGGAGGUGGAUACGGCGGAGGGCAUGGUGGAGGAGAUGGUGGUAACUAAAUUCAUGCAUGUCAAUUUUCACUCGUAAAAUUAAUCAACCAUUUCAAAUUAAAGUUAAUAAUAAACAAUGUGGUGAAGUCUUUAUGUAGCUUGUAAUAUGUACCCUGUACGACUUGUUUAAUUUGAUCAUUGUCAUUUGUGUUUAGGCUAAAUAUAAGGAAUCAUGUUUGGAUUGUGUUUUAUGCGUUCUUCACUUAUGCAAAAGAUGUUUUUCAA